AUGUUGCAGCACCUGAAGCACUGUCCAAGUAUUCUAGAAACUUCAUCGGUUGUAUCGGAUCUCUGCUUAAAAUAUCUUGUACGAGCCUGCGAACGCCUUGCCGCUCCACCAAGUUUGUUUGUUUGUAUUUUAUUUUUUGUUGUUAAGGGCUUCCUGGAAAUGGCAUUUGGUGCACGAGAUUAUUUGUGCAGACGAUUAAUCGAAUGGUCGAAGCAAUUUUUCGGAAGACAACAGGGUGGAAUAUCAAGCCCAGAUAGCUAA